CGACCAAGCGCAGCAUGGUCAUGCACACUCCGUUGUCCAACCAGGCGAUGCCCCGAAGAGCCUCCGCAUCGCGGUUUGUGCCCUCCACCGCGGAACGCGCGAUUCCCCCGCACACCGACAAGAAGUGGGUGGCGGAGCGGUCGCACCAGAUCCUGGAGUACCUGCAUGCCAUCCAUCAAAGCGAGGCGGCCGCAGGAUUCAUCUCGGAUCUCUCUAGCCGGCCUGGCGGCCUGCGGAACAUGACCAUGAAGCAGUUCGUGGCCAUCCUCAACCUGCUGUUCCAAAACAUCUGGCGAAAUCGGGUGACCGUGGUGGGCCAGAACCACGUCGAGGACAUCACCAGCGCCAUGCAGAAGCUCCAGUAUCCCUACCAGGUGAACAAAUCCUGGCUGGUCUCCCCCACCACGCAGCACUCCUUCGGCCAUGUGAUCGUCCUGCUGGACUUUCUCCUCGACUUUGCCCCGCCUCCGUUUCCCACCGAAGAAGAGGACUUUCCCUUCAUGGAGACCACGGAGCAGCCGAGCUGCUCGUAUCUGAACAGCAUGCACUGCGCAUCGAUGGCCGAGCUGGACGAGGAGGUCAACGCUCUGCUCUUCGCCGCGGUCGGCGACUGCAUUGUCCUGUGGGAUCAGGAGCUCGGCGAGGAGGAGGCCAAGCUGCAGGCGGAGACCGGGGAUCGGUUGAUCAGUAGGAAGUGCCAUUUGCCGCAUCGCCAGGCGCUGGACCAGUUGAUCGACGAACUGAGGCUGAAGCUGCAGCAACUGGACGUUGAACUGGGCAGCUCCAACGAUCUGGAGCUUCUAAUGGAGGAGCAGCAACAGCUCGCCCAGCAGCUGGCCCACAGUCAGGCUGAUCUGAGCCAGCAGCUCAAGAACCUGGACAACCUAGGCGCCCAGGCCGCUGAAAAGCAGUCUAAUCUCCGCCAGCUAAUCGAGGACGAACAGCGCCUGGCGGAGGCGGUGAAGAGCCAAAAGUACUCGGCCCAGGAGCUGAAGGCGCUGCAAAUGAAGUGCCACGAUGCAGAAAACUACUCCAAGGCCUACAGCCGACAACUGCAGGAGGUGGCCGAUCUGGAGAUGCACCAGCGUGUUUCGGUGUCGCACAGCUGGGCAAAGCUAUUAAAAAGCGUCGAAGCCUUCAACUCGCAUGCUCGGCACCUCAGCAUGGAUCCUGUCCUGGCCGCCGGCCAAAAGUUGGAGCUAACUUUGCCCAUGUCUCCCAACCAGGAGCAAAUCUCCGAACGGGUUCAGCGCCUGGAGUUGCUGGCUAAUCUCCUACAGCAGCAGGGCGAGCAGAAUAUCGAGAGGCGUCUAACGUUCGAUCAGCAGGAGGAUCAGUUAAAAAGAGCAACCAUCGAACUGGAAGGAGAGAUCGCCACCUUGGAGUCCCAGCUGCAGCAGCAAGAGCAUCGCCUGACCAAAAUGGAGGAGGAAAAUCGCAACAGGCGCAAUCUGAUGACACAGCAGCAGUUGCUCGAGGAUCAGAGUGAUCAGAUCGGCCGACUGGAGGAACUGGAGAGGCGGCGGCAGGCGGCGCAGGAGAGGCUCCACACAAGCGAGCAGAAGAACGAAGAUCUUCUCGCCGCCGCCGAGUUGCAACAGGAGGAGGACCACAAAGCACGCAACGCCCAGCUCGACAAAUGCGAACUAAAACUGAUAGAAGGGGAGAAGGAACUGCAGGCCCUGCACACCAAGCUCACCCUCAAUCAGGCCAAACUGGAUGAGGAGGAGCAGAAGGUGCACUCUGCCCGGCUGCCCUCCUUUGAGCCUGUGCUAGCGGCCAUCAAAAAGCGAUAUUUUAAAUUUAACAAAUGAUAAUAUUAGCAAUUACAUCAAGAUAUGUAUACAGACACCAGUUAGACAAGAACAGAACAACUGUUUUGUGAAAUGUAUUUAUUGUGGAUUAGGUAAAUUUCUUUAGGUUCUUUAUUGCCACACGGUUUAUGGUUUUGUUACGGAUCUCCGCUGCCUUUUUGGAUUACAAAUUGCACUUGGAACGGUUUAGCUUUACAUGGUUACACAUAUACACUGAGUGGUGGGUGGAGACGGCAAGGACAACUUAAACGUAGGCGUACAUAAUAAAUAUUAAACGAUA